UCCAUCACUAACUUCACGCAGCAAGCAAGCUAUGGCAGUCACCGGGCCACCGUCUCCCCAAACCCCAACUCCCACGCCCACCAUCACCCCGCAGGAAACCGCCCCCAUCGGAAACCCAAUCUUCGCUAGAAUCCGAAUCGCCAACUCUUCUGAUGUUCCCCACCUCCACAAGCUCAUGUACCAGCACGCCGCCUCCCAGCGUCUUACCCACAUAUUUUCGGCCACUGAGUCUUCCCUCUCUGCCACUCUCUUCAACUCCCCACCCUUCCAAUCCUUUACUGUCUUGCUCCUCGAAGUUUCCCCCACACCCUUCCCCGAUGGCCCCGUCGGCUGCCAUCCCCCCAUCACCCGCAUCGUCAAUCUAGAUCUCCCCAUUGUCGAUCCUGAAUCUAAGGAGUUCGGGUCGGGGGGCGAAGCGGUGGUGGUAGGGUUCGUGCUUUUUUUCCCGAAUUAUGGGGUGUUCUUGGGGAAGCCAGGGUUCUAUAUAGAGAGUUUGUACACGAGGGAGUGUUACAGGAAGAAAGGGUUUGGGAAGAUGCUGUUGUCGGCGGUGGCAGCUCAGGCGGUGAAGAUGGGGUAUGGGAAACUGGACUGGUGUGUGCUUGGUUGGAAUGCGAAUGCGUUUGGGUUCUACAAGAAGAUGGGUGCUCAGGUUUUUGAGGAACUCAAGAUGUGUAGGUUGACUUCCGACGCUCUUCAAGCUUACGAAAGUUUUAGUUAAUGUUUUGGGUUUUUCAUGAAUUUGAGGAAUAAUGUGGGUGACAUAUCAACUCAAUGACGGUAAAACCUGUAAAUAAAUGAAUGUUUCAUAAAUUAACCGACCAA